AUGGCCGAUUUUAGCGAAAAAGGACCGUCUUUGGACGCGACCAACGUUUUUGAUGACUCCAAUGGGCACUUGAGCUCUGGGGCCUCCACGCCAGACAGUUCAAAAGAGACUGUGCAGGUUGAGGAUGAGCGAAACAAGUACCGGUCAAUUCAUGGUGUCAAAUGGUUUCUGGCUGUGUUGGCGAUUUUCUCGUCUGUUUUCCUGUUCGGAUUGGAUACGACUGCAGUUGCGGAUAUUUCGCCUGCGAUGAUCAGUCGAUUUGGCCAGGCAGAUUUGCUUCCCUGGUUGAGCUCUGGCUAUGCACUUGGAGCCAUGAACAUUCUUCCUUGGGGCAAGUCAUUCGGAGUCUUCAACCUGAAAUGGACAUAUAUCCUCACGGUUGCCCUCUUUGAGGUGGGAAGUGCUAUCUGUGGCGCGGCACCGAAUAUGACGGCCUUGAUCAUUGGACGAGUGAUUGCCGGAAUUGGAGGAUCGGGUAUGUAUCUCGGUUGCAUCACAUACCUCGCGAUGACAACUAGUCCUCGCGAAGGUCCGCAUUAUAUCGGGCUCGUCGGCUUUGUCUGGGGCAUUGGCACUGUCCUCGGACCAAUUGUCGGCGGUGCAUUCGCAGACAGCUCAGCAGGAUGGCGCUGGACCUUCUAUAUUAACCUCAUAAUUGCCGCCCUAUUUGCCCCUAAGCACAAGCAAGUGGACUGGGUGUCCAUCAUUUUCCUGAAUGGAUUCAUCGCAUGUUUCGUUAUGGCCAUCAACUUCGGAGGUGCCGUUUAUGCUUGGAAUUCUGCUCAGGAAAUCGGACUUUGGGUCAUGACGGCGGUCACCUGCGUCGGAUUUAUUCUGGCGCAGUAUUUCCACCCGCUUGUGAAGAAAGAACAGGUUCUCUUUCCUAGCCAUUUGCUGAAGAGCCCUCUUAUGCUUAAUUUGUCUGUCCAAAUGUUUUUGUCAUCAGGUGUGCUCCAAGGUGCUAUUUACUAUAUCCCCUUGUACUUUGAAUUUGCGAAGGCUGACAAAGCCCUUGAAGCCGCCGUGCAGCUUCUACCCUACGUUUUCAUACUGGUCGCUGGUUGUUUGAUUAACGCUGCUCUUAUGGUCCGGUUUGGAUACUAUAUGCCCUGGUACUUUGGUGGUGCCGCGCUGGUAGUAAUCAGCUCAGCAUUGAUGUGCACUGUUAAUGCGAAUACCUCGAACUCUACUAUUUAUGGAUAUACUGCGUUGAUGGGAAUCGGCGUCGGCUCCUACUGCCAGGCCAGCUACAGUGUAUCCCAGCAAUUGGUUCCAAUGACCGAGCUGACCAAUGUCGUCGGCUUGAUGAGUAUCUCGCAAUUCUUGGGCAUCCUGUUUUUCUUGGCGAUCAUGGGCACUUCCUACCAAAAUCUGGUCAUCGAGAAGAUCCACAAGCUCCUGCCUAAUGCUAGCGAUGUCGAUGUCCGUCAAUUUAUUGCUGGAACCAGCUCCUCCCUCAGCGCUAGCUUGACAAGCGCCCAAUCGGCCGCCGUGAUAGAUGCUAUUGUUAUUGCUAUGCGAUCAGUGUGGAUUUUGCUCGCUGUUGCAGGUGGCAUUUGUGUGGUGUUGUCUCUUUUCCUAGGGAAAGACAUGCUUUUCACCAAGGGUGCUAAGGGCACAGCAAUCGCAGCAUAA